AUGUGUGCAAGUGGAGAAAAACAUGAGCAAAGCACAGAGAAAAAUGUUAAAAACGGUUCUUGGAGCUACGAAGAAGCUUUUGAAUUGACUGGACACGGCUGGUACAAUUACAAGGUGUUGAUAGCAUGCAGUCUAAUAUCAGUGGCUAUGGCGCUCGAUAUGUUUGGCUUCGCUAUAACUGUUGCUGCUGCUUCGUGUGACCUGGACUUGAGCAUCAGUCAGAUUGGGAUACUCGCUGGAUCUCCAUUUGCAGGAUUGCUUUUUGCGUAUCCGUGGGGAUAUUACGCAGAUACACGAGGAAGACGCCGAGCCUUGCUUCUGUCCACGGCAGUCGGAUCUCUUUUCGGUCUGCUCGGGAGCUUCUCUGUCAAUUGGCAGAUGAUGCUGGUUCUGAAGGUGAUCGGGUGUAGCUUCUCAACAGCAUCCUUCACCCUAACGAUAACGUACCUCGGCGAAAGCACAAGAGAGAAGAACAGAGGCCAGUACAUCUUCGUCAUGAUGAGCAUGAACUUGGCUACCGAGUUCUUUUCUUAUGGCCUUGCGUAUCUCGUCCUACCCCUAUCUUUUUCCUUACCCAUGUCCCUUUUAGCCAUUUCCUUUAACUCCUGGAGGUUAUUUAAUAUAAUCCUCGCUGCUCCUCUGGGUAUUGGAGCUUUACUCAUGCUCUCCUUAGAAGAAAGCCCGAAAUUUCUCUCGGAUAAAGGCGAAGAAGAUAAAGCAAUUGAAGCAUUGAAAAGGAUAUUUAUAGCUAACGGUGGUGUAGAAGAUGACUUUCCUGUUGAAACCUUACAUUCCACGUGUCAAGUCAAAGAGAUUUCCUUUUGUGGUUCAAUGGCGCAGCAGAUGAAGCAACUGUUUAUGCCUCCUCUCCUCUGGAGGACGAUGCAGCUAUUUUACGUGAUAUCACUGACUUGCUCCAUUAACAACGCGUUUGUGAUGUGGUUUCCUACAAUGUUGGAUAUUGUAUUCAAAGCUAUAGCAACAGAGAGCGAAGAAGUUGUAUUCUGUGAGAGCAUUAAUGAAGUUUCAGUUCCUGGCGGAAAUGCAACGGCUACAUGCAACGGUACACUAUCAGAGGAGACAAUAUUUUCUGGUAUCGUGGCCAGCCUAUUCUUCUCCAUAAUAAACUUGUCAGUCGCUAGGUUCGCAUCAUGGCGACGCUUGCUGUUGAUAAUUGUUCUUGGAGUAGCUGGUCUAAGCUGUGUCAUGAUAAUAGUCAUAAAGCAGCCAAUAGCAAGUGUUAUAUUCUUUUCUUUAGCACAAAUAACAGCAGUCGGUACUGGAGGCAUCGCUUCAUAUUUCGUGGACUUAUAUCCCACAUCUUGUAGGUCGCUAGCCCCGAGUUUGGGCUUUAUGCUUGGACGAUUAGUGUCAUUAUCAGCUGUUGUGCUGAUUGGUGCCACCGUUGUCAACCACUGCAGUGCAAUUUUUUAUACAUUCGCCGCUUUAGCUUUUUCUGGAUGUCUCGUGUCAGUGUUCCUACCAUUGUAA